AUGGGGCUCAUACAGCUGUUGGAACGGAAUAUUGCUUCCUUCUUCCGAAGGAUGGGCAACUUUUUGGGUCUGCAUCCGCUUAAAGUAAUCAUAAUUGUUAUGAUACUGACCGGUAUUACCAGUCUUGGAUUACUGAAUUUUGAAGAGAUCAAUAAUAUUCGAACUGAAUAUUCUCCAAUCAAUGCUCCAAGUCGAAAGGAAUAUAAGAUGGCUAGAACAUUUUUAGGCCAGAAUGGUACAAUGGAUCCAAGCUAUGUGGUCAUACAAGCCAAAGACGGUGGUUCAUUGUUGCGUGAUGAGUAUCGAGAUACGAUUAUAAGGUUGACAAGAACUCUGCAAACCAACGUUACCAUUGAAUACAAAGGCCGCCAAUAUGGUUUUAGAGAUUUAUGUGGACCAUACUGUGAGAUGAAUACAGCAUUUUUGGCCUUUUUAAAACUGUACGAUCCAAAUUCACCAUCCACCUACACUUAUCCGACUAUCGAAUUUUAUGGCACGCACGCUUUCAUUGGCAACAGUGUCUACGGAAUAAAAUUAAAACCUGGCACUAAAUUUCUGGAAAGUUUCUCAACCGCUGUUGAACCAUUCUUUAUAGUCGGUCCUGAAAAACGUAGGGAUAUGUUGUACCAAUGGGUUUUAGCCGCCCAACGUGAAUUCAAACGUGAUGAAUGGAGCAUACUAAAAGUUGGCAUGACUGGUGAUAAUUUGAUUUCUGAAGAAGUUCGGCGUAUGGGCUUCGAAACUGCUCCUUUAAUUGCCGGAUCUAUGGCUGCUAUAAUUGUUUUUGUUGUAUGUGGCUCAUUUAGGCAGAAUCCGGCUCGAAGUAAACCAUGGGAGUCGCUUUUCGGUUGUAUAAUCCCAUUAAUGGCACUUGUAACAUCUACUGGAAUCAUAUCGGCGUUUGGGCUUCAGUUUCAAUCGAUUGUUGUAGCUUCGCUGUUUCUUGUUCUGUCUGUUGGUGUCGAUGACUUGUUUAUCAUACUUCGGGCUUGGGAUCAAACACAAACAGAUGCACCUAUUAACGAAAGAUUAGCUAAGACACUGGAAGAUGCAGGUCCAUCUAUUACUAUUAGCUCUUUGACAAAUGCACUUUCAUUUGCAAUCGGUAUCACAUCUCAAACACCGGCUGUACGAACAUUUUCCAUCUACUCGUGUAUUGCGAUAGUAAUUUGUUACUUCUACCAGUUGCUCCUAUUCUCCUCAGUUUUAGCGCUAAGCGGUAUAAGAGAAAGAAAAGGGUACCAGUCGAUACUCUGUUGUCUAAAAGCGAAUCCGCAGGCACAUAACCGGUCUGUUGAAUGGGUUACCAAUUUUCAAGCUUGGAUAAUUAAAAACUGGUCACAUCUUGCCACCAAAUGGCACACGAGGUUUGUACUGCUUGCAAUUAUGCUUGUAUACUAUUAUAUCUCAGUGGUUGGAAUACAAAACCUUCGUUCGGAUAUAUCUAUUGAUAAAAUGGCACUACCCGAUUCUUAUCUACAUGAGUUUCAAUAUACAUACGAAACGGCAUUGCGGGAUAUGAUGCCAAUUUCCAUACUUAUUAUGAAGCCCGGUGACUUACGAAACCCAAAACAAGUUGAAAGAAUCAAAAAUAUGGUACGCGAAUAUGAAAACUGCAUUUAUAGUUAUGGUAAUGAGUCAACGUUUUUCUGGUUCAAGCAAUAUGAGGACUUUUUGAGCGUUUACAGCGAGACAGACGAGUUUACUUAUGUGGAGAUUCCAACAUUUUUCAACUCGACAACAUACUUCUUUUUGAGUUCAUUUGUUCAAAUGAACGAGAGUGCAUGUUAUGAAAAUGAUCCGGCUUGCAUUAAAGCUUUUAUUGUUCUUACUAAUUUCCAUAAGGUGGUUAAAUUUCAUGAAAUGAUUCCUGCUGUGACAGCGUGGAGAGAAAUUGCUAAAAAGUACGCUGACCUAGAAGUUUACCCGUAUAGUGAUCGGUCGCCUUUCGUUGACCAGACUAUGACUAUUGAAACAACAGCACUGUCCAGCGUCAUGGCCGCACUUUUCUGUACAGCAACCGCGUGUUUCUUCUUUAUUCCAAAUAUUACCUGUAUCCUAUGUGCUGUAUAUUCCGUGUUCAGUAUAAGUAUUGGAAUUUUUGGAAUUCUAUCACUCUGGGGUGUUGAUUUGGAUCCUCUGUCUACAGCUGCCUUAUUAAUGGCUAUUGGUUUAUCAGUAGAUUUUACUGCACAUACAACAUAUCAUUAUUACAGAACCAAAGAAUCGACCUCAGAAAAAAGGUUGGAAGUAACGUUAACGCGUAUCGGGUGGCCACUAAUGCAGGUCGGUUUAUCAACUAUUUUAGCGCUUUUACCACUGAUGUUUAAGCGCUCAUACCUUGCAUUAGUGUUCAUCAAGACAGUUAUGGUUGUGGUCACUCUCGGUAUGGUGCAUGGUCUUAUUAUCAUGCCGGCCGUCUUGACGGCAAUAAUACCCGAUAAAAAUGGUUUGGCAAUUUCUUCGUUCUUUCAACAAGUAAAUAUCAAAAUUUUUUAA